GUGCUUUGACGGUGUGCCAAGAUAAGACCGCACACAAUCUUGUCUGGGUUGCAAAACUUGUUUGUGCUUUUUUCGACAUGCUCAUUUAACGUUAAACAUAACAGUGUUUCUCUUUUACGUGGAAGGAUUCUGACUUUUCAAUAUGAAGAGGACUAGAUUCAUUUUGGGAAACUUUGACUUUACUGAACUUACUGUGCUGGUUUUUCUACUUUUGGAGCUGGCAAGCUUAGAUGCCGUCAGGUUUAAUGGAAAGAGCUUACAGAUUGACCCUAUAAUCAUGGAAGAGCAGAUCCUCUGGAUUGGAGGUGGGGCGGGUGCGGUACACACAUACAGGAUUCCCCUACUCACAUCCACUCCUCGUGGAAGUCUACUGGCUUUUGCGGAAGCCCGGAAGACAUCUUCCACAGAUAUGACGGCCAAGUUUAUAGCUCUACGGCGCUCUACAGACAAAGGAGCAACCUGGUCACCAACGUCUUUCAUAGUUGACGACGGCUCACAGACCGAUGGGGUGAAUCUGGGUUCAGUUGUAGCGGAUGAAGAGACGGGAGCAGUGAUACUCAUUUACUCUCUGUGCUUUUACCGCUAUCACUGCAGCCCUCCUCGGAUCAUGAUGACUGAAAGCCUGGAUGAUGGCCUGACCUGGAACGCCCCACGAAACCUCAAUCCACAACUGGGGGUCCAUAGUUUUAUCCCUGGUCCUGGCUUUGGAAUACAGAAGCAUCAUCCCCCUGCCGUUGGUCGUCUGGUGGUGUGUGGUCAUGGUACUCUAGCUGGUGAUGGGGUCUUCUGCAUCCUCAGCGAUGAUCAUGGCCGUACGUGGAGAAAUGGAGCUGCGCUAAAGAGCAUCCCUUACAACCACAAUAAGCAAGCUCUUGAUUUCAACCCAGAUGAAUGUCAGCCCGUCGAACUAGACGAUGGAUCUAUAUACAUCAGUGUGCGUAACCAGAACCACUAUCACUGCCGCUGUCGCAUGGUUGUGCGCAGUCUGGACGGAGGCGAAUCUCUGCCUGUGGAGGAGCUGGUGUUUGAUACCACACUGGUGGAUUCUGCGGUUGCAGCUGGAGCUUUACAGAAAGAGGGAGUGCUGUACUUCACCAAUCCCGCCCAUACGCAUGAUAGAGUUAACCUCACGCUUCGCUGGUCUCUGGAUUAUGGUAAAUCAUGGACGAACAAUACUUUAAAGAUUUGGGAAGGGCCAAGUGGAUACUCCUGUAUAGCCUCACAUAAAGGCAAUGAACCUGAGGAUCACAUAUAUGUUAUUUAUGAAAAAGGCCAUAAAGACUAUUAUGAGACCAUAUCUUUUUUGAAAAUCAAUCUGUACAGUGGACUGUAAAUGGUACAGUCAUUAUGGUGGAAAUUAUAAACUUUAUUCUUGUGUUGUUCACAAUUAUAUGUUUGCCAGUACAGUAAAUAGUUUUUUUUAAUUACCAGUGUUUAACAAAUUCCUUCAAAAUAAUAGAUAUACUGUAACUUCGUA